AUGGCUACCCUCCCGUUUCGAGAUAUCAAUGUUCACGCCUCGGCGUCAUACUACGCCUUCACGUCUCCUUCCUCUCCAUCUGCCCCUACGCUGGUAGUUGACCGACCCUCUGGAGAUAUCCGCCUCAAUGAUGGCCAAUUGUUGGGAGGGAAGCGCGUUUCCAGCAUUGCAGGCAUACUGGGCAUGAUCAAGUUGCGGCUGGAUAAGUACAUAAUCGUGAUAACGAAAGCCCAACCGAUCAAGAGACUGAAGGGCCAUAUGAUAUACAAAGUCAUUGCCACGGAAUUUCUCCCGCUUCGCGAACGACCCCUCCACGACCAAGACGAAGACACAUACUUGACCUUGCUCAAGACUUUCAUUAAAACCAGUCCGCUAUAUUUCUCAUACUCUUUCGACAUCACAAACUCCUUCCAGCGACAGGCGCAGCUAGACACCGCCCAACCAUUAUGGAAACGCGCCGACGACCGCUUCUUUUGGAAUCGCUUUAUUCAGUCUGACCUUAUCGACUUCAGAACAUCUGGAACUCGACACCAACAUGCCCAGCAACCUGGCGCCGAUGCCUAUAUCUUGCCUGUUAUGUUUGGCAUGCUUGAAAUCCAAAACACGACCGUCAAGUCAACACCAUUGACCCUCGUAUUGAUUACGCGGCGCUCCCGCCAUCGAGCAGGGGCCAGAUACAUGUCCAGAGGAAUUGAUGAGCAAGGACAUGUCUCGAACUUUAACGAGACCGAGCAAAUCAUUGUUUUGAACGACAAUUCCAGCGGUCCUGCGGGUUUCGCUGGAGGGGGAGGUAUCCAAAAUGGCAAGAUGGGGGGUUCUGGUGGGAAAGAGGCACAGAUCCUUUCCUACGUACAGACAAGAGGCAGUGUUCCAGUGUACUGGGCAGAAAUCAACACGCUUCAUUACACACCUAAGCUGCAAGUGCGAGGGAUUGAGUCCGCGCUUCCCGCUGCCAGAGCGCAUUUUGACGAGCAAAUACGACUCUAUGGGGACAAUUAUCUAGUCAAUCUUGUAAACCAGAAAGGUCGUGAGAAACAGGUGAAAGAAGCUUAUGAACAAUUAGUCAAAGCUCUACAAUCCGGGAGCUCCAAAGAACGUACGGCACAAGAUCAAUUAUCCGACGAGAAGUUUCGUGUCAUUGAGCCAAGCAACCGGCAGCAAGAAUUCGAUCGCAUCCAUUACAUCUAUUUUGAUUUUCAUAACGAGACCAAGGGUCUCAAAUGGCAUCGAGCUCAAUUGCUUCUAGAUAGAAUGCAGGAAGCCCUCGAUAAACAGCAAUAUUUCCGGGCUGUGGAUAUGCCUGCAUCAUUCGAGGGUGGUCUGGAGGUACGAAACCGGCAAACAAGCGUAGUCCGUACGAAUUGUAUGGACUGUCUCGAUCGAACCAACGUAGUACAGAGCAUGAUGGCUCGCUGGACUCUCAACCGCCAACUCACAGAUUUGGGUAUUCUCACUCGUGGCGAAACAUUCACAUCUGAUGCUGCUUUCGAAUUCUUGUUUCGCAAAGUAUGGGCUGACAAUGCUGACGUCGUUUCCAAAUCUUAUUCCGGAACCGGUGCUCUCAAAACUGAUUUCACACGCACGGGUGAGAGAACAAAAGCAGGCGCCUUGCAAGAUCUUCAAAACUCAAUUUCGAGAUAUAUCAGAAAUAAUUACAUGGAUGGGCCACGUCAGGAUGCUUUCGAUCUGUUUCUGGGAACAUACCUUCCCAACCCUUCGUCCUAUACAGUGUUUGCAGACCGCCGCCCACUACUUAUUCAGGCGAUCCCAUAUCUUCUUGCCUUUUGCACAUUCUUUGUCUUUGUUGGGACCUUCACUCGACGACUGCCCGACGCAGCAGUUCUCCCUGUGAGAAUUUUCAUUUUAUUCUGGUUUGCAGUCGGUUGCUGGUGUCUUAACUUUAUUUAUCGAAAUGGAAUGCUUUAUGUAAAUUGGCCCAAACUUAAUCCACGACCUUGGGCUACGGAAGGCUACAAUGAAGCCAUCACCAAUGCACGAAAGGACAAGGUUAUUGGCCAAUUCGUUGCCAGACAUGAACGAGGGCUAAGUACCUCGAGAUACACCAACGCAGAGGAGGGCAAGAAGCGCAUUGAAUGA